GACGUUAGAUCCUCACGCAUGCAUCGACGUACUUUUGAAUUGCACAGUUCACAUGCUAGCAGCACACAAAUGACUGAUCUUGGAAACCACGCCGCGAAAACACGAUGAAGACUCAAUCUGAAACUUGGAUUCCCCGCAACAUCCCCAAGACGCAAAGAGCCAUUCUUCAAGCUGAUAAUGGUAUUCUCCAAAUUUUCGACGACGUGCCUCUGCCUCAGAUACCCGAUGACCGAAUGUUGGUCAGGGUAGUUGCAGUCGCUUUGAACCCUUGUGAUUGGAAGAUGCCAGGUCAAUUUCCGGCCAAAGGAGUUGCCAAUGGUACAGAUUACGCAGGAAUCAUCGUCGCCAUUGGACCCAGAGUAUCCAAGCUUCCAUCAAAGCCUCAAUGGCAGGUCGGAGACGAAGUUUUCGGUGCUUGCCACGGGGCUAAUGCAAUUGACCCUCAAUCGGGUUCGUUUGCACAAUACCUGCGCUCUGAUCCGGAACUUUUGUUCAAGAAACCACCGAAUAUGCCUUGGGAAAAUGCCGCAGCCUGGGGCGCAAGCGGUAUUGCAACACUUGGUCUUUCUCUGUUCUGGGAUGGUGGUAUGGGCCUGUCUGGGUCUCCAGAUGAACCAGCAGAGGAACCCGAGCAGGUCCUCGUCUAUGCCGGGAGCACAAGUGUCGGUACUCUGGCAAUCCAGCUUCUGAAAAACUAUGGUCACAUUCCACUUACGACUUGCUCCCCAAACAAUUUCGAGCUUGUGAAAAACUACGGUGCUGAGAAAGUUUGGGACUACAGAUCACCAACCUGCGGCCAGGAGAUCCGCGAUUACACAAACGACGAACUGGAGCUUAUACUCGACCCGAUGACGGAAUCGAAGACCCAGCGUCUGUGCUAUCAAGCCAUGGGCCGCGGUGGUGGUCGAUACAUCGCAUUAGAGAUGUGGCAGGAUAUGAACCACACACGAAACACCAUCGAACCUACUUUUAUAAUGGGUUCGUGCAUCAUCGGCAAUGAUAUACCUCUAGGAAACGGCUAUGGAAGUGUAGCUGACCCAGAAAAACGUAAAUUUGGUAUCAUGUACUAUCGUGCUGUUCAGAAACUCUUCGACCGGAACCAACUCAAAUCACACCCUGUGCGUGUGAUACCAGGAGCCUGGCAAGGCGUACUUGACGGACUUGAUCUGCUCAAGGCACGAACAAUUUCGGCGCAGAAGUUGGUAGUGUUUCUUGGCUCUGCGUGAGUAUCGGGGAUUGCAUCAAGAUUUUGAGGUGUAGUGCUUCUGUUGUAGUGAAUUAAAUUGACACCUCACUCUUGUUUACUCCAUCUUCAUUCAUAAUUUCAUUGAAAUCGUGUCGAAAAAAAGGUCCUAUCAGGAACUAACCGAAAGGCUUUUGGUCUACCCAUGAGUCCGACCGAAAGUGAAGGCCUAGUCUUGAUUUGCGUUUCCGAACGCUCUUAAACAAAAGAGGGAUCCCGAUACCGAUCCGAUAAUCGUACACGUCCAAUAGAUAUUUCGAUU